UUUUCCGUUUUCCUCUCUCUUUUGCGAAUCAGACGCAAAGCCCCCCACCCCACUGUCCCUCUUUGCAAUUCCUAGAAAAUUUUUGGGUUCUUAUACUAAAGAUUAUAAAAAUUUCCCCAUACGAAAGUUUUAAUCUCGAAGUCCCCAACUCCCAACACGAACUAACACAUACAUUUCCACUCUCAUCAAGAAAGAGCUAGGGUUUAUUCUCACGGUUACGGGUUAGAUUUUUGGAUUCCGGUCCUCUGAUUGUUCUGAUCUGCUCAUGGAUUCACGAGAUUCAUUAUCGUCAACGCCUUUGAAUCGGGACGGGCCUUCCGGUGAUGACGAUGGCGUUCUUUCCGUUACUGCCGCUCUCGCUAAGGAUGCAGCUCUCUAUUUCCAGUCUAAGAAGUUUGCCGAGUGCGUUGAGGUCUUGAAUCAGCUCAAGCAGAAGAAAGAAGACGAUCCCAAGGUUCUUCAUAAUAUUGCAAUUGCAGAAUACUUUAGGGAUGGUUGCUUAGAUCCAAAGAAGUUGCUUGAAGUGCUUAAAAAUGUCAAGAAGAGAAGUGAGGAACUUGCUCAUGCAUCUGGGGAGCAGGUGGAAUGUUUUGGCAAUGUUGGAAAUAAGGGUAUUCCAGGUUCAAAGGGAAGUGUUGGCUUGUCGCAUCAAAUUUCUACAAACAGUGGAAGUACUAUUUACAUGGAUGAAUUUGAUACUUCUGUUGCAACUCUAAACAUAGCAGUUAUCUGGUUCCAUCUUCAUGAAUAUGCUAAGGCAUUAUCAGUUUUAGAACCUCUUUAUCAAAAUAUUGAACCAAUUGAUGAGGCAACGGCUCUUCAUGCAUGUCUGUUGUUGCUGGAUAUUUUGCUAGCUUGCAACGAUGCGUCAAAAUCUGCUGAUGUAUUGAGUUAUCUAGAAAAAGCAUUUGGUGUUGGUAGUGUGUGUCAAGGAGAUAAUGCUAGCAUGGCAACACAACAAUCUACAAAUCUCUUUGCAAAAUCAGCCUCUGUUCCAAGCAGCUCAUUAGCAAUGGAUGUUUCCAAUUCUGAUUUAGCUGCUAAUGCCUCUGAGAAUCCUUUGUCAAGAACUUUAUCAGAGGACCCGCUUGAUGAAAUGUUUUCAACUCUGGACAUCAGUGGACAAAACCUAUCAAGGUCAGCUAGUCAUUCAUCUGCAAAAGAUGCUCCAAGGACUUUGGUUGAUAGAUCCAUCUUUGGUGUUGAUUUGAAGCUUAAGUUGCAACUUUACAAGGUUCGAUUUCUACUUCUCACUAGAAAUCUAAAGCUAGCAAAGCGCGAAGUCAAGCUUGCUAUGAAUGUUGGCCGUGGGAGAGAUUCAUCUAUGGCUCUUCUCUUGAAGGCCCAGCUUGAGUAUGCUCGCGGAAACCACCGUAAAGCCAUCAAGUUGUUGAUGGCAUCAGGUAACCGGACAGAGGCUGGGAUUUCAAGCAUGUUUAAUAACAAUCUUGGCUGUAUUUACUAUCAGCUUGGAAAAUACCAUGCGUCAGCAGUGUUUUUCUCAAAGGCAUUGGGUAAUUGUUCAUCUCUUCAGAAGGACAAACCUCUAAAGCUUCUAACAUUCUCCCAGGAUAAAUCCCUCCUCAUGACAUAUAACUGUGGGUUGCAGUAUUUGGCCUGUGGGAAGCCAAUCCUUGCUGCUCGUUGUUUCCAGAAGGCAGUUUCAGUUUUCUACAAAAGACCUCUCUUGUGGCUCCGACUAGCUGAAUGCUGCCUAAUGGCUUUAGAGAAAGGACUUAUCAAGGCAAGUGGAGCUCCAUCAGAUCGAUCAGAAGUUAGAGUUAAUAUUAUUGGCAAGGGUAAAUGGAGGCAGCUUAUAAUUGAAGAUGGAGUUUCAAGUGGGCUUGUUGGAAAGGAUGAUUUGAAUUUUGGCAGUGAUGGGCAGCCUAAGCUCUCUCUGCCUCUCGCAAGGCAGUGUCUCUGUAAUGCAUUGCACUUAUUGAACUGUUCUGAAUUGAAUAAUUUGAAGUCUGGUUUGCCUGCUUCCUUGGAGGAAAAUGAAUCAAGUGAAGUGGUUUCUUCAAAGAAUUCAAACCAGAGGAACUUACCUACCAUUGAUUUAAAUGCUUCAACUUUAUUCGUUGGUCUAGGUCAAGUUAAUUCAAAUGGUGAUGCAAAGGUGCAAAAGGGAGGAUUGAUUCAGGAGACUAUACAGAACUCAAUCUCCUAUUAUGAAGAGAUCUGCGGGAGAGAGAAUCAGAUGAUUAAGCAAGCUCUUCUUGCCGACCUGGCAUAUGUAGAGUUAGAACUGGAAAAUCCUUUGAAAGCUCUUACUGUUGCAAUAUCUCUCUUAGAACUACCUGAUUGUUCAAGAAUUUAUGUUUUUCUGGGACAUGUGUAUGCAGCAGAGGCCCUUUGCUUGCUGAAUAAGCCAAAGGAAGCUGCGGAGCAUUUGUUAAUUUAUUUAUCUGCAGACAAUAAUGUUGAGUUGCCAUUUGGCCAAGAGGAUUUUGAGCAAUGGCGUGUGGAAAAUACUGAUGACUGUGAAGAAGUUAAUGGUGGAUCAGUGGCUGCGAAGAAUCCUCCCGAGAACCAGCAUGAUUUCAUGUUUCUGAAGCCAGAAGAAGCAUGUGGAACUCUUUAUGCAAAUCUUGCUGCAAUGUCAGCAAUACAAGGUGAACUUGAGCGGGCGCAUCAUUUUGUGAUGCAAGCAUUAUCUCUGGUACCUAACAGUCCUGAAGCUACUAUGACUGCAAUUUAUGUCGAUCUCAUGCAUGGUAAGUCACAAGAAGCACUAGCCAAAUUAAAACAAUGUAGUCAUGUUAGGUUCCUCUUGAGCAGUUUACAAUUGAAUAAAUCAUCCUGAUGGUUGUAGGGGUGGUUCUUUAGUUCAUUCCAUUGGCCCAACAAUUAGUGCUAGUUAGUGGGUAGAUUAAAAUCCUUUUAGAGGAUUUGUAUCAUAUAUAUAGUUCAAUUCAGAUAAUAAGUUUUCUGUCAUUUAAAUUUUGCCUUUUAAUUUCACAGUUAGGGUUCAUUUUAUCAACGGUUGGUGAGGCUGAGUGUUUUGGUAGAGCUGAUGCCCACCUUUUGAAUUUGAGAUGUAAUCUGAUUCAGGGUUGUUGUGUUCUAGUGGCCAUCCAAUCCACUUGGAAUGGAUGCGAAGAAUGGAGAGAUAAUAUGCUUUAACUUGAGAUUGGAAACAGAAAGGAUUUUAUUCAUUUCAGUUUUAAUUCCAAGAAUUCAUAUCAAUAGUAAAAUUAAUUAAAAAUUCGUGAAAUAAGAUGAGCUAAAUGGAAAAUCAUUUUGAUUAAUAAUCUUAGUUCUCAAACACAAAGGACAAAUGCAACAGUCUCAAAAACAAAAUAAAUGGUGUACAAUACAUAGGAAGACAUCAGCAAUUCCAAUCUAAUAAAAUGAGCGAUAUCGACAUCCUCUCAUGCCAAUUCCGUCGGUGCAUCAAUGAAUCUAACAACCUGCA